UACUAAUGAAGCUUUAGAAACGUAAAGUGUAUGCAAAAACCAUUAUCUUAAAAAUAUAAAUGCUAUUUCCAACAGAUCCAAGAAAAAUACAACCAAAGUGAUAUAGGGAAAGAAGUAACAUAAUAGAAGAAUUAGUGUAGAUUUCAUCCUAAACAAUACUUAAAACAAGAUAAAACAAUAAUCAAAAGUGUAUAUAAAUUCAAAGCGAAACGACGAUCAACUGUCGAAUUAACCAUCCUAUCUAAAUUCAUAUCCUCCCUAACCUCUUAUCUAAAAUCAUAUUUUUAGUAACCAGAAAUCAUAUCACGUCUUAUCUAAUAAGUCCUUUUCAAUAUUUUUUCGACCUAUCUCUACCUUUUUUGAAACCAUCAAUAGCCCACUUCUCUUACUUACGCAGAUUAACUUUUUCAAAAAAAAUAUUUUUUUUCAUAUCGAACGCAUACCCAUGAGUCAUAACUCAUGGAAAUGUUCUAGGCCCAAUUUGGCCCAAUAUCACAAGGUUCGUUCAUCCUUGACCCGAUUCAGAAUUUCGACAUUGUUCUCCUUCUCUCUUUCUCACAGUUGCUCCAUAGCCAUCACCUCUUUUACAAAUUUUGCUUCAUUCAUAAUCUUCACAAUCUCAACUACCCCUUUUACACUUCCCCACAACAACAAAAAACAAAAAGAUCGAAUCUUUUUCCUUAAGUUCCAAAAAAUCAUCAAUUUGUUGAAGAUCCCACCAAAAAAAUCAUCAUUUCAAGUCAAAAUUUUCAAAUUUUCAGAUUCCACACCUCUAUGGGUGUGAUUUAAGAUCAAGAAAUCAUGUUGGGUGCUGUCCAAUUAGGACUUUUUGCAGCAGGGGUUGUACUUUUUGUCCCUAUGGGUAUGGCAGGUUGGCAUUUGAGCCGUAACAAGAUGCUCUUUUUCAGUUGUGCCCUUUUCAUCACUCUUGCUGUUGGUGUUCAUCUUGUUCCAUAUUUCCCUUCUGUUACAUCUUUUCUUUCAUCAGGUUCAGAUUCUUUAUCAUCUGUUAUUGUAAAUCGUGAUUCUUGUUUUUCUUUACUUCACCAAGUAGCAUUUGAUUUUCAAGAAUUGAGUAAUAAUAGUAAAAGGGGUUCUUGGAAAUGGGUCGAGUCUGAAAAUGUUGUAGAUUGUGAUUUCCAGAAGUUGACUAUGAAUGAUGCUUCAGAUUUGUUAAAUGGGUCAUGGGUUGUUGUUGCUGGAGAUUCACAAGCUAGGUUAAUGGUGGUUUCACUUUUGGAGUUGUUAUUGGGAGAUAGUAAGAUGGAGUUGAUAAAGAAGGAUCUUUUCUUGAGGCAUAGUGAUUAUAACAUAUUUGUUGAUGAGAUUGGGAUGAAGCUGGACUUUAUAUGGGCACCUUAUAUGAGUAAUUUGACUGAUUUGAUAAUGAGGUUCAAAGAAAAAAAGAGUUAUCCUGAUGUAUUUGUGAUGGGGGCAGGGUUAUGGGAUAUGUUACAUGUAAAUAACGCUUCGGACUAUGGUGUUUCGUUAAAGUCUUUGAAGGAUUCAGUAGUGUUGUUGUUACCAGUUUCUUCAGCGUUUGCUAACAGUGAUGGUUCUGGGACAAAUAUUGUGGUUCCAGUUCGGUCGCCCAACUUGUUUUGGUUGGGGAUGCCUAAGUUGAUAAGCUCAAUGUUGAAAACAGAUGAGAAGAGGGAGAAGAUGAAUGAUGUAAUGUGGGAAGCUUAUAAUGAUGAACUUUACAGAAGUAAGCUUCUUCAACAAUCUGGUGGACCAUUGUUUUUGCUGGACGUGCAUUCGUUGAGUAAUAAAUGUGGAGCUGAUUGUACGUCCGAUGGGAUGCAUUAUGAGGGGGCUGUCUAUGAAGCUGCUGUACAUAUCAUGUUAAAUGGAUUGCUGAUAGAAUCUAACCAGAAGCUAUGAUGGAGCGAUUAUGGUUAACGAUAUGACACCCUUCCGCAAUGGGAAAGGGAAAUAGAAUCACUUUGAACUUCGUCUCCAAAAAGCUUCUUAACUCUCCUUGUAUGUUUGAAGCUCCGUUGGGUACAUGUUGGAUCCUCCAAAAGUAAUGCAUUUUUGAGGACCCAACACUGGUGUGUGGCAACACUUUUGGAGGGUUCGAGCAUCAUGGCUUUCUAGCCAUAUCAAGAUGAUUUUCUGAUUGUGUUGUAAUGUUGCAAGGUGAGGAAAUUUACCUCUUCUUCCCUCUCCAACCACUGGAAUUUUUGCUAUAACUGUAGAUGAAGUUUGGCUUUAAUUGCAUUUUUGAUCUUAUUUAGAUAUAUAGUUAUUUGUUAUGUUGCU